GGUUGUCAGUAGGUUAACAGUCACAGUAAAGGCAGAAACAGGGUGGAAGAAAGGAUCUGAUGGGAGUUAGGGGGAACUUGAUUCAAAUUGUGGCCAUGUGGUUUUAACCAACUCUUGGAUCUCCUAUAUAUUCACCUGGGGGCUAUAGUUAUUACAAAGCUUCAGUUCUAAAAUAAAAUAUGAAUAUAAAAAACAAAUGAAUGUAAUUUCAUGUACUAAAGACUUAGGAGUCAGUGCCAAAUGCAGUGGGCAGAUAAUAGAAGUUUGAUGACUCCAGUCUGUGUACAGGAAGUACUUUACCACCUACGUGAACACUACUAAUCCAUUGGCUAAUAUUUCACUUUGCCCAAGCAUACUUUGGCCCAUUGCUUAUCAUUCAUUAGUAACUACUUAUAAUUAUGCUUGUAAUGGAAAAUGUUAAUAAAAAGAUGUGACUUCCUCCUACAUAAAGGAAGUAAGUCCAUUGACCAAGGAAGGUGCAGCUGGCUGGCUCCCCUCAGGAAUAUCUGUGAGUAGUCAAAUAAAAUAUUAUCCUUUCAUAAAACAGGUAGAAAUAAUCAAAACAUCACAGCACUGUUUGCUUCCUUUCCAGUUGAUCAGCCAUGGGUUGUUUCCAGACUUCACCGAGCAAUUCCUGGGUUUAUCCGACGGUGAUCCUCUGCCUAUUUGGCUUCUUCUCCAUGAUGAGGCCUUCAGAGCCCUUCUUGAUCCCAUAUCUGUCUGAACCAAGUAAAAACCUGACCAAUACACAGAUCACCAACGAGGUCCUCCCUGUUUGGACCUACUCCUACCUGGUGCUGCUCCUCCCUGUGUUCAUCCUCACGGAUUACGCCCGCUACAAGCCGGUCAUCAUCCUUCAAGGGGUGAGCUUCGUCGCCACCUGGCUGCUGCUCUUGUUUGGCCAAGGAGUGAAGGCCAUGCAGGUGGUAGAGUUUGUCUUUGGGAUGGUCUCGGCCACCGAGGUGGCCUACUACGCCUACAUCUACAGCAUGGUCAGCCCGGAGCACUACCAGAAGGUGAGCGGCUACUGUCGGAGCGUCACGCUGGUGGCCUACACCGCGGCCUCCGUGCUGGCCCAGCUCUUGGUGUCCCUGGCACACGUGUCGUACUUUUACCUGAAUGUCAUUUCCUUGACCUCUGUCUCCAUGGCCCUCUUAGUCUCCCUUUUUCUACCGAUGCCAAAGAAGAGCAUGUUUUUCCAUGCAAAACCCAACAAAGAAGCUCUGGAAAAGCCACCGGGACAGGAUGCUGACCUCCAGGGAGCUCAGGAGGGCCGCAAAGCCCCGCUCCAGGAGCCAGUCACUGCUGCCGGUUAUCAGGAGAGCAGCCAGCAGGGCCACCCGAAGCCCAGAAACGCCGUCCUGAGAAACCUGAUGCAGUGGUUCCAGGAUCUGAAGGAAUGCUACUCCUCCAAGCGCCUUUUCUACUGGUCCCUGUGGUGGGCGUUGGCCACAGCGGGUUUUAACCAGAUCUUGAACUAUGUUCAAGUCCUGUGGGAUGACAAGGCCCCGUCUCAGGACUCUUCCAUCUACAAUGGGGCAGUGGAAGCUAUCGCCACAUUUGGAGGGGCCAUGGCUGCCUUGGCAGUGAGCUACGUGGACAUCAACUGGGAUCUCCUGGGAGAGCUGGCUCUGGCCAUCUUCUCGGUUGUCAACGCAGGCGCUCUGUUUCUCAUGCAUUACACACUCAGCAUCUGGCUGUGCUAUGCCGGCUAUUUGGUAUUCAAGUCCAGCUACAUGCUUCUUAUAACCAUAGCCGUGUUUCAGAUUGCCAUCAACCUCAGUGUGGAACGCUAUGCCCUGGUGUUCGGGAUAAACACCUUCCUUGCCUUGGUGAUUCAGACCAUCAUGACAGUGAUUGUGGUAGACCAGAGAGGGCUCAACCUGCCCGUCCGCAUCCAGUUUUUAGUUUAUGGGAGUUACUUUGCCGUCAUCGCUGGCAUUUUCCUGAUGAGGAGCGUGUAUGUGCUCUACACCGCCAGAUGGCAAAAGGAAGCCCAAAGCCCGGCCACAGCUCAGAGCCCCACGGAGCCCCACUCGAGGGAGUCAAGUCACACCUUGUCCACAAAGCUCUGACGCAGUCCCGUCAACCACGGUGCUUUGCAGAGGCGGGCGAUGGGAAGGACGAGACCUGAGACCACAGCCGGGUGGACUCUGCCAAAUGUCCGCUCGCUCUGCAAGUCCGGCUUCCAAUGCAAAACCACAACCAAACCUCAGGCCCGAAGUCGAUGUCUACGUGCCCAGCUGAGCCAGAUGAAUCAGUAGGGCCCAUCUCAUUUACACAACACACGUGGAGACCCCCCACAGACAGCAGUGAGCUGGAAAAUUCUAGUUUUGAUCACUUGGAAGGACAAGCAAAUGGCAAAGGGAACAAGCCACAAGCCAACUCCAGCCAUCCUGCAGGUCCAUUCUCCACCAGUGAGAAGAGGAUGUUAUAGGAUCUACAUAGGCAACACUAGGGAGAUGCUUUAUCACAAGUGCCAUUCCUCUUCCUCUUCUGGUGGGUUUUCCACUGUAACUCACAGUUUCUCUGAGAGAAGGACAAGCGUUGGUCCCAUUUCUAGGGGGUCCUCUUUGGUCUAAUUGCACUGUUAGAUGCCAAGCUACGAUUUGAUCAUCUGAUCACACUUUUGUGUGUGUGACAGCUUUUCUUUCUGUGCUGUGGUGCUGAAGCUCUACCUCAGGAAUAGUUCCAGGUGCUCCUGUGUGUCUACAAUUCACAUCCCGGUGGACGGAGAGAGGCCGAAGACCUUGUUCCCUCCAUCACCCCAGAGAGGCAUUGUAAUGCUAUGUCUAUCUGCUUGAUAGCUUUUAUUUUAAAAAAAAGAACACAUUAGAAGGAAUUUCCAGAAUUGUGAACAGGGUUUAUAAGAAAACACAUAAGGGAAUUAAAUCUAUUUUUUUAUAUUGGAGACUAAACCCAAGGCCAUAUGCAUGCUAGGCAAGCUCUUAAGAGUUCAAGAUUAUGAUGGAAUUCUGCUGAAAGCUUACCUGAACAUACCUGCAGACUACCAUCUACCAUGGGAAAUAAAAAAUAAUGGUCUAAGAUUUGUAUUUCCAAGAUACUUCAAUCCCAAAUUCAUUCACCAAAUUGAAUUUCUUUUAAAAGCCC